UGAACAUUCUAAACUUGAGAAGAAGGCUAUUCCCCCCUCACCUGGAAUGAAUUCGUCGUUACAAAAACCCAGCUAUAUGUUACUUUCUCGGCACUUCUCUCGGGCUUAGAGGAUAAACUCUAUGUUUGAAUUGUUGUAUAUUUCAUUGUGUUAUAUUGAAUCUGCGCUGUUAAAGGAAACGUAUACACAUGGCUCGAAUGCUGAGUAAAGACCUGUCGGAUAUUGAGAAUAUUCUGGCUUUAAAUCCCUGUGUGCGGACUCAUGCUACCUUGAAGUCUACACAGACAACUAAAAAAGAGAAGAAGCAAUGGAAGAGGAAUGCUGAUAAAAACUGCAAUAGCUGUGAGAAACUGGAGAACAAUUUUGAUGACAUCAAGCACACUACUCUGAGUGAGCGAGGUGCACUUAGAGAAGCAAUGAGGUGCUUGAAGUGUGCUGAUGCCCCUUGUCAGAAAAGUUGCCCAACUAAUCUGGACAUCAAAUCAUUCAUCACAAGUAUUGCAAACAAGAACUACUACGGAGCUGCCAAGACCAUUUUGUCUGAUAACCCACUUGGCCUGUCUUGUGGAAUGGUGUGUCCAACAUCUGAUCUUUGUGUGGGUGGAUGCAAUUUGUAUGCAACUGAGGAAGGACCAAUUAAUAUUGGUGGACUGCAGCAGUUUGCUACUGAGAUUUUCAAAGCUAUGAACGUUGCACAGAUCAGAAACCUCUCAUUACCUCCAGUAGAUAAAAUGCCUGAAAGCUACCAUGCAAAGAUUGCACUAAUUGGAUGUGGGCCUGCCAGCAUCAGCUGUGCUUCCUUCUUAGCUCGGUUGGGAUACACUGAUAUCACUAUAUUUGAGAAACAACAGUACCUUGGAGGAUUAAGUGCAUCUGAGAUCCCUGAAUUCCGAUUGCCAUAUGACGUAGUGAAUUUCGAGACUGAGCUAAUGAAAGACCUUGGUGUUAAGGUUAUUCAUGGAAAAGGUCUUGGGAGCAAUGGAAUGACUUUAACUACUUUACAGCAUGAAGGAUACAAAGCUGUUUUUAUCGGAAUAGGCUUACCAGAACCAAACAGAGACAACAUUUUUGAUGGCUUGACAAUGGAUCAAGGUUUCUACACAUCUAAAGAUUUCCUUCCACUGGUAUCCAAGGCCAGUAAACCAGGAAUGUGCGAAUAUCAGGGCAGGCUGCCAUCAAUAAAGGGGACCGUGAUCGUGCUUGGUGCAGGUGACACUGCUUUUGACUGUGCAACAUCUGCUUUACGCUGCGGAGCUCGCCGUGUAUUUGUAGCCUUUAGGAAAGGAUUCAACAAUAUCAGAGCGGUUCCAGAAGAGAUGGAACUAGCUAAAGAGGAAAAGUGUGAAUUUCUUCCUUUUCUGUCACCUUGCAAAGUGAUAAUGAAAAAUGGUAAAAUAUCAGCUGUAGAGUUUGUUCGGACUGAACAAGAUGAAGAUGGAAACUGGAUUGAGGAUGAAGACCAGGUUGUUCGCUUAAAAGCAGACACCAUUAUCAGUGCCUUUGGCUCGGUGCUUAGUGACCCAGAAGUAAAGGAGGCCAUGAAACCUAUCAGCUUUAACAGAUGGGGUCUACCUGAAAUUGAUCCAGAGAGCAUGCAAACCAGUGAGCCAUGGGUGUUUGCAGGUGGUGAUAUAGCAGGUCUUGCUAACACUACAGUGGAGUCAGUCAAUGAUGGUAAACAAGCAAGCUGGUACAUGCACAAAUAUUUGCAGUCCUUGCAUGAUGCCUGGAUACCUUCUCAGCCUAAACUCCCCUGCAUGUAUACACCAAUUGAUUUAGUGGACAUCAGUAUAGAAGUAGCUGGACUCCGGUUCCCAAAUCCUUUUGGCCUUGCAAGCGCUCCACCAACAACUGAUUCUGCAAUGAUAAGGAGAGCUUUUGAGCAAGGGUGGGGAUUCGCUGUUACUAAAACAUUUUCUCUUGAUAAGGAUAUUGUAACCAAUGUUUCCCCAAGAAUUGUACGAGGAAUUACAUCUGGACCGCUUUAUGGUCCUGGACAAGGCUCCUUCCUUAAUAUUGAGCUUAUAAGUGAGAAAACUGCUGCAUAUUGGUGCCAGAGCAUCCGAGAGCUAAAAGCCGACUUCCCAAAUGAAGUUCUAAUAGCCAGUAUCAUGUGUAGUUACAGCAAGAAUGACUGGACUGAGCUAGCACACAUGGCAGAGUCCUCUGGAGCUGAUGCCCUGGAGUUAAACUUAUCAUGUCCACAUGGUAUGGGAGAACGAGGAAUGGGCUUGGCCUGCGGGCAGGAUCCAGAACUGGUGCGAAACAUCUGCCGUUGGGUUAGACAAGCUGUUAAGAUUCCUUUCUUUGCCAAACUGACUCCCAAUGUAACCAACAUUGUGAAUAUUGCACUUGCUGCCAAGGAAGGUGGUGCAGAUGGUGUUACAGCAACCAAUACCGUUUCUGGGCUGAUGGGACUCAGGGCAGACGGCACACCCUGGCCUGCUGUCGGGAAAGCUAAACGGACCACAUAUGGUGGAGUGUCUGGAAAUGCAAUAAGGCCUAUAAGCCUGCGAGCUGUAUCUGCCAUUGCUUGUGCUGUACCUGGCUUUCCUAUUUUAGCAACUGGUGGAAUCGAUUCUGCAGAGACUGGCUUGCAAUUUCUCCAGAGUGGUGCAUCUGCUUUACAGGUAUGCUCUGCUGUACAGAAUCAGGAUUUUACAGUGAUAGAAGAUUACUGCACAGGGCUUAAAGCUCUGCUUUACUUAAUGAGUAUUGAGGAAUUUCACAGCUGGGAUGGCCAGAGCCCACCAACGGCACGCCACCAGAAGGGUAAACCUGUGCCAAAGAUUGCAGACCUCUUUGGAAAGCAACUUCCUAGUUUUGGACCCUUUCUUGAACAGCGAAAGAAGAUCAUUAUGGAGUACAAACUGAAGCAUAAGAAUGAAACCAGGGCAACUUCCGUACCAGAGAGGGUGAUUUUCAUACCUCAGAAAGCUGUUCCAACAGUUAAGGAUGUGAUUGGGAGAGCUCUGCAGUACAUUGGAGCAUAUGGGCAGCUAGACCAAGAGCAUGUAGUAGCGUUAAUUGAUGAAGAGCAGUGCAUCAACUGUGGUAAAUGCUACAUGACCUGUAAUGACUCCGGCUACCAGGCUAUAAAAUUUGAUCCUGUUACCCACAUUCCUACUGUUAAUGACAGCUGCACUGGCUGCACUCUGUGUCUAAGUGUGUGCCCUAUUAUUGACUGCAUCAAAAUGGUUACCAGGACAACACCUUAUGAACCAAAGAGAGGCCUGCCACUAGCUGUGAAUCCUGUGUGUUAAGGUGACCAGUUCAGCACAUUAAUGAGAGCCUUACACUUGCCUCAAGUGUUGAUUUUACUCAGUAAUUGCAGCAUGUGAAAAUUACCCUUUAUUUAGAAAAAAAGAAUAAUUAAUCUGGGUAGUAAUGGCCAUAGAUUCUCAAGGUGAAUACCUAGAAAUAAUUGAAUAUGAGCACAAAUAGUAAAAUCAUUUUCCAACACAAAGGAAGCAGUAUGUGUGUUAGAGUUAAUAACAGAGUUGGAUAGUAGACAGAACAAUCUACACCUAAAUUCCUAAACUGUGAGCUGUUAUACAAUUUUUCCCAAGUUUCAGGUAUUGUACAAAUUAACUGCAGCUUGUUGCAUUCGAAUCUGAUAACGAAGCAUUAAUGCUUCCAAAACUAUGCAAUACCUCAUGUUGAAGGGCUUUGUAAUUAAACUGUUUGACUGACUAAAGGGGGAAAAAAGCAAUAAAGUGAAAAAUUAUUAUUUUUAUGUCCAGGUUUUGAACAUGUUGCUGAUUAAAAUAUCAUCUAUUUUGUCUAAAAGAAUAUACUGAUGGAAACAGCACAGCAUUUUUUAUCUAAGACAAGCAGAAACAACGUAUAAAGUUGAUAAAUCUUUGAGAAAUGUUCAUUUUAUCACAGCAGUUUAAGAAAUCUGUAUGCAUGUCCAAUACUUCUGUUAUGAUGUGAUAAAGGGCAACUGUAGAAGCGAUACACUAAGCUGCUUUGUGUUGAGCACCUGCAGUCAGGGCAUUUAUUUUAAGAAAUAAAGUGUAAUAAUCAUAUAAUAAGUGCAGUAGUCAGAUAUUUCUGUAAUGUGCAGCAUAUCCAAUAAAACAUUUAUGAGUGGUAUUUUAAACCUUAACCAAAAGUAAUAUACUGCUUUGAGUAUUGUAACACUGAAUUAUAGUAUUUAGAAUAUUGUAACAAUCAGGAUUCAAAAGUACCUUAUUCCUUCAUCUGUGCUUGCCUUCACUGUAGAGCUUAUGGGUUCUAUAUGUAAGGUAAUUUGCUAGACAGUUUCUCUUCACUGGUCUGUAUUUCUUUAUUGCUCUGGUUAUGUAGAGAGCUAUCAUAGCCAAGAUGAAAUAUAGAUUCACCAGUGUUGCUAAACAGGGUUUUAACGUAAACCUAUUUUUCAUUCACAGUAGGGGCUUCCUCAUACAAAUUCAUUGCUCAGUGAAACUAUCUAUUUUAUAGUGUAUGGAUAUGAGUGCAUUAGACAUGUCAGAGUGAUAAUUUAUGAAGUAGCCAGUCAGCCAAUUACCCCAUGAACUGUAGCCAUGGAUUUUCAAAGGUCUUAGUGUGCUUUUUUCUUAAUAUUCCUGUUGCUUCUCUUCAGCUACUGUGCAUAUUUGUAUAACAAUAAAUAAUUACUAAUCACA